UAGUGAAGAGUAGGAGUGACUGAGAGCUGCGCAGUUACUCAGCGGCUGUAGCCAGUUGAAUGUUCCUGCUGGAACUAUUCAGGAGGAGGAAGAGAGACGAAACAGAGCUCUGAGCUGAGAGGACGAAACCAGCAAGUAGUCAGGCGACGAGCUGGUUGAGAGGAAAUCUGCUGGAAAACAAGAUGGAGGUCUACACGGUCACCGUGGCAACUGGGACAUCAGAGUACUCAGGCACCAACAACUACAUCUUCAUGACGCUUAUAGGGGAAGAAGGGGAAAGUGAGCGCACCCUGCUGGACAACCCUGGACUUGAUUUCUGUCGAGGAUCAGUGGACCAGUACAAGGUGACCAGCAAGGAGCCUUUAGGGUCCCUCUUACUGGUUCGACUGGAGAAAGAAAAGUAUUUUGUUGAAGACAACUGGUUCUGUCGUUAUGUGACAGUGGAACCUCCAGGAGAAAAACGACUUUUGACAUUCCCAUGUUACCGCUGGCUUGUAGGAAAUGCCAGGGUGGAAAUAAGAGAAGGAACAGCACAGACCCUGGUGGAUGACUCCUCAGCAAAGUUGCUGCAACACAGGAAGGCGGAGUUGCAAGAGAGACAAAAUACCUUCAGGUGGGUAACGUGGGCCACUGGGAUUCCUAGAUGUGUUGAUGCCAAAACAGAAACUGACUUACCCCAAGAUGUUCGCUUCGACAACGAGAAGAGAAGUGAUUUUGAACAUUCAUUGCAAUAUGCCUUGCUUGAGCUGUCCCUGAAGAAGCUGGCCAUCACUUUUGGGAAAUCAUGGAGUGACCUGGAUGACUUCAAACGCAUCUUCUGGAAACUGAGGAGCCCAAUAGCUGAGUACUGCAUGGAUCACUGGAAGGAGGACUGGCUCUUCGGCUACCAGUGUUUGAACGGCAGCAACCCAAGAAUGAUCAGGAAGUGUUCGGUUCUGCCAGGAAACUUCCCCGUCACAUCAGAUAUGGUCCAGAGCUCAAUGCCAGCAAAAACCAACCUGGACAAAGAACUCAAGGCGGGAAACAUAUUCCUGCUGGACUACGCCAUCAUGGACGGGGUUCCUGCAAACACAAUCAAGGGCAAACCUCAGUUCAUCGCUGCUCCGCUCUGCCUCCUGUACCAGCAUCCAGAUGAAGGACUCAUUCCUAUUGCAAUCCAACUGGAGCAGACUCCAAACCUGGACAUGCCCAUAUUCCUGCCCAGAGACCCUCCUCUGGCCUGGCUGCUGGCCAAGAUGUGGGUUCGCCACUCAGAAUUCCAGGUUUUCCAGCUUCUGUCUCACCUGCUCCGGACUCACCUGGUGGUGGAGGUGUUCUGUGUCGCAACUCUUCGACAGCUGCCUGCGGUCCACCCCAUAUACAAGCUCCUGGCUCCUCAUCUGCGCUACACACUGGAGAUCAACUGCAGGGGGCGAACUCAGCUCAUCUCUCCCAACGGCAUUUUCAAACGAGUUGUGUCUACAGGCGGUGAUGGCCUCCUGAUUCUUGCCCAGAGGGAAUUCAAGGUGUUGACAUAUCGCUCCCUUCAGCCACACUUUGACUUCACUGAUAGAGGGGUGUUUCAGGUCCCCAACUAUUUCUACAGAGAAAAUUCCCUGAUGCUGUGGGAAGCCAUUCAUGGUUUCGUCUCAGAUAUGGUGAGUCUGUACUACCACACAGACCAGAAUGUGGAGGAGGACCCGGAGCUGCAAGCCUGGAUCAAAGACAUAACAGAGGAAGGCUUCACUGAACUUCCCAACUUUGGUCUGUCAAAUAAACUCUGCAGCAAAGAGGAACUGUCCACUGUACUGGCUGUGGUCAUCUUCACGAGCACAGCUCAGCAUGCCGCAACUAACAAUGGACAGUUUGACUGGUGUGCCUGGGUUCCCAACACCCCAUGCACCAUGAGACUCCCCCCACCGUCAGAUAAAGAUGCUGUUACCAUGGAAAUGAUCAUGGCCUCCCUUCCUGAUGUGGGCCAGUCCUGUGUGCAGAUGGCGAUCACAUGGCAUCUGGGACGAGCGCAGCCAGACGCAAUUCCUUUGGGCCAGUACACACAGGAACUCUUCACCGAGUCUCUGGCCCUGGAACUGAUUGAAACGUUCCGGAUGAAGCUGAAGGAGAUCGAGAAACAGAUCCUGGAUCAGAAUGCAGGACUGGACCUCCAGUACCUCGUCCUUCUGCCCAGCCGCAUAGAAAACAGCAUCACCAUAUAGAAACACAUUCGAUGUCUAUUCUUUGUCUAUCUUGAGCAGUGUUUGAUUUCUUUUGAAACUUUGAAGAAAAAGGAACCAGACUGUCUGUCUGAUGCAGUAAAGGAUGGUGAUGGAUUUCAUCAAACAUGGCGAUAGGUUUAUUUAAUCCAAAAAAUCUAAGCUUUAUGCUAAGCUGUUAGCAUGAUUAGGUGAGUGGUUCUAUUAAAACUGUUGCAACAUUUUUAAAGAAUCCAUAAUUAUGAACCAAGAAACGAUGCUGUGUUUGGGUGAUAACCAAGCAAAGCAUACAUGAGAAGGCUUGACAUGGCUGGUAUUUUUACAAUGUUCUGGGAAUAACUUACAUGUUUCUCUGGCGUCUGACAGUUUAUCAAAACAGGGAACAAAGGCGACCAAACAUAUUCAAUCAUAUUCAAUAUGUUAUGUGUUCCAAUGAGUAAAACUACCUUUUGAAAAGAAUCUAAGCAUGUAAUCAACCUGCUUUUCGUUUAGUGCACAUAAGUAUAUUGCAAUGACUUUAUUGAUCUGAUAAAAUAUUUGAAUCUUAAAUGUUUUCAUUAAGCUAUAAUUAGAAAGUUGUUGUGGUUAAUAAAAAUAAAGGCUAAAAAACAUCAGUCUGUGUGGAAUUAACCUACAUGAUUUGCUUCACUUGAUGGAUUGAGCAGCUAAAAUAAAGUUACAUUUCAA